GGAAGUGCCGGCUUGGGAGAGGCGGGCCGGGAUCGGGCUGCAGCUCCGGCGGCGCCAUGAAGCGGGACGUGCGCAUCCUGCUGUUGGGCGAGGCCCAGGUGGGGAAGACGUCGCUGAUCCUGUCGCUGGUGGGCGAGGAGUUCCCCGAGGAGGUCCCUCCCCGGGCAGAAGAGAUCACCAUCCCCGCAGAUGUCACCCCAGAGAGGGUUCCUACCCACAUCGUCGAUUACUCAGAAGCUGAACAGACGGUUGAGGAACUGCAAGAUGAGAUUCUCAAGGCGAACGUGGUGUGUGUGGUGUAUGAUGUGUCUGAGGAGGCCACCAUCGAGAAGAUCCGAACCAAAUGGAUCCCACUGGUGAAUGGGGGGACUGAGAAGCCCAGGGUCCCCAUCAUCUUGGUGGGCAACAAGUCAGACCUCCGGCCGGGGAGCUCCAUGGAGGCCGUGCUGCCCAUCAUGAGCCAGUUCCCUGAGAUCGAGACCUGUGUGGAGUGUUCUGCCAAGAACCUGAGGAACAUCUCGGAGCUGUUCUACUAUGCACAGAAGGCCGUGCUGCACCCCACAGCACCGCUCUACGACCCCGAGGCCAAGCAGCUGAGGCCCCCAUGCAUCCAGGCCCUCACGCGCAUCUUCAGGCUCUCGGACCAGGAUCUGGACCAGGCGCUCAGUGACGAGGAGCUCAAUGCUUUCCAGAAAUCCUGCUUCGGGCACCCCCUGGCCCCGCAGGCCCUGGAGGAUGUGAAGAUGGUGGUGUGCAAGAACGUGGCGGGAGGCGUGCAGGACGACCAACUGACCCUGGAUGGCUUUCUCUUCUUGAACACGCUGUUCGUGCAACGUGGCCGCCAUGAGACCACGUGGACCGUCCUGCGGCGUUUUGGCUACGGCAACACACUCGAGCUGACGGAUGACUACCUCUACCCGCCGCUCCACGUGCCCCCUGGCUGCAGCACAGAGCUCAACCACUUUGGCUACCAGUUUGUGCAGAGAAUGUUUGAGAAGCACGACCAGGACCGCGAUGGUGCCCUCUCGCCUGCGGAGCUGCAGAGCCUCUUCAGCGUGUUCCCGGCUGCCCCAUGGGGCCCCCAGCUCCCACGUGGUGUCCGCACCAAGGCUGGCCGGCUGCCCCUGCACGGGUACCUCUGCCAAUGGACCCUGGUGACCUACUUGGAUGUUCGGCGCUGUCUCGAGCUCCUGGGCUACCUGGGCUAUCCCAUCCUCUGCGAGCAGGACUCUCAGGCCCACGCCAUCACAGUCACCCGUGAGAAGAAGCUGGACCAGGAGAAGGGACAGACGCAGAGAAACGUACUCCUGUGCAAGGUGGUGGGGGCCUGCGGAGUGGGCAAGUCAGCCUUCCUGCAGGCCUUCCUCGGCCGCGGCCUGGGACACCAGGACACUGGGGAGGCCCCCGAGGAACCCACCACCUGCGUCAUCGACACGGUGCAAGUCCACGGGCAGGAGAAGUACCUGAUACUGUGCGAGGUGGACGCAGACAGCCUGCUGGCCACCGCACCCGAUGCCACCUGCGAUGUUGCCUGCUUGAUGUUCAGCGGCAGCGAUCCCGCAUCCUUUGCGCUCUGUGCCAGCGUCUACAAGCGCCACUACAUGGACGGGCAGACGCCUUGCCUCUUCGUCUCCUCUAAGGCCGACCUGCCCGAAAGCAUCUCGCCGCCUGGCCUGGCCCCGGCUGAGUUCUGCCGCCGGCACCGGCUGCCUGCCCCCACCCCUUUCUCCUGCGCAGGCCCAGCUGAACCCAGCUCGGCCAUCUUCACCCGGCUCGCCACCAUGGCCACUUUCCCACACCUGGCUCACGGGGAGCUGCACACCACCUCCUUCUGGCUGCGGGUGACCCUGGGGGCCGUCGGGGUUGCUGUCGCUGCCGUGCUCAGUUUUUCGCUCUACAGGGUCCUGGUGAAGAGCCGAUGAGGCCCCUGGGCCCUGCAGUCUGAGCUCAUGGGGCUUCCUUCUGUCUGAACUUUGCUUCUGAGGACAGUGCGCACUGCCCUGCCCCUGCCCGAGCCCAGCGGUGGCCCGCUGGUCCUAGCACCCUGUGUCCUG